AUGGCAUGGCAUAUGGGACACCCUCUUUCGCAGACACUCUUUACGUCGAUCUACCUCGAUAGGUUGUUAUGGCCUGUACCGAAGACAAUGGAGGAUGCUCAAUUUGCUCGCGACGAUGCCUCAACGGGACCACCUCUGAUCAGCCUUGUCCUCCGGUCAUACUGUUUGGCGCUAGUCAAGGCUUGCGAUUUUGUCCACGCUCGCGUUGCAGCCGAGUAUUAUUAUGAAGAAGAGGAUUUCGUGACGCAGCUCUACAAUCGCACCCUGCUGUCAUCCUUCGACUCAUCACAUUUCUAUCGCCUGCUAGACCAGGCGGUAUCUUGGGUGGAGAAACAAGAUACUAUAGACCAGAAACUUCGUGAAGCCCUUCGGGACCGCUUACUGUUUCGAUAUGAGUUCUUGUCGGCCUUGGAUCAGGAUUUGAACGUUCUGGAGACCCGCUCGACCGCUAGUUUCACGACAUGUCUUCAAAAGCUCAGUUCCAUCAAGGAGUCUGCAUUCCUUGGGAAACAAGUCCCAGAAUCAUUCAGCCUGAAAAUCCAGCGGAAGCUAGCCAGCACUGUGCCACCUCGACCCAUUGUGGAAAUCAGCCAUGAAGAUGCAUUUUCUCAUAUCAAGCGACUCUGCCAGGAUGCUAUCGACCUGGAGCAAGUGCUAGACUACCGCGGACCGAGCAAUUUCAAAACGUUCAUCUGGACUCUCCUCUCCCGCAAAACCCCAACCAUCAGUCUAUAUCCGCUGCUUGGUUCAAGCCUUGACCUAUUUCAGCCACAAGAUACUAAUAAUGCCUGCAGCCAUUUAUUGAUACGAUUCGAGCAGCUUGUCUCAAUCGCUGUCGAGUUCGCCGGACUCUCUGCCAUACAGUUGUCGACUGGGACAACCUGCAGAUGGAGCUGGGCAUACCACCAGAAGCUGAACCAGCUCCGUCUGAUUCUCCAAAUGGGAUUCGAGCUAUCAAUAUACGCCCCAGAAGAACUCCCAGGAAUGUACUGGUACCUAUCUCACAUUUGUUCAACACACCUUGGCCAUGUUGAUCGAAUUCGGACAUUUAUGGUGGCUGCUAGAAAGAGAGAUCUAGCUAUGACUAACCAAAGUGCAUCCGCUGCUGCACGCAAGGCUACCGCAUUUCAUAACUCAUUUCGUUGUCUGGAGAGGCUGACAACAGAACUCAUUGCUGUGGACGCCUUUGCGAUUGCUCUUCAUGCGCUGUAUGUCCUGCUCGCACGGCACCGCCUCCUACCAUGCGCUUCAGCGCCAGAUGCCUACUGGAAUGAUAAAUUACGAUAUGAACUCCGCAUGAAGCCAUUCAUACCAAUAUCCUUGCCUGAACUGGUUCCCUUCGAAGAAUACCAGAAAGAGACUACAUUGGAGGGCGAUUCAGACGAGGUUAUUCUCGAAAGAGCAUCUAAGGCAAUCGCAGAAGCGCGUAAGGCCUGGGAAGCGACGCUCGGUAAUGGAGCUUUUGUUAAGGAUUCGUCUACCGCUACGAAGACCCCGACAGCCAUUGAGGCAGAUUGGCAGCGCAAUGUCAAAGAUACCAUGCGGGCUUGCAUCGCAGCUAGCCUUGCUAUCGAAGCUGUCAAGAAAGCACUGGCGAGUAAAGCUCUGACAAAGCUCGAGGUCGACAUCCCCCCAAUCGGGUCUAAGGGCCGAUUCCAUGAUUGGUGGAGUGUCCCCAAACUCACCGAAAAGUGCGGUUCGAGCGCCCCAUCCACUCGUAGCUCCUCGGACGAAGUGGAGAAAAGAAAAAGUCCUGUGAAGCGGGGAGGAUCAUUACAGGGUCAAGCCAGGACCAGAACAGUGCAGCUGUCAGUUGCGAGGGGAUCUGGGAAUCUGGACCCAAAACGCGGGAAAGGGAGCAAAAGCCAUGAAAUCAUACACUUCCGGUCCCGCGUUGUCAAUAUUCUAAUUGACUUUUGGCGAUCGGCCGUUCUGGAUCUCCCUUCCUCCUCCGAUCUGGGGCUGCAGCUCUCUCCGACAUACGCCGCUCUACCUCAUCCGGUGCCUGGUUCAUUUCUGCUGAAUGCUUGGGUCUCUGUCAUCCGCUCGUAG